ACAUCUCUGGAACCUGCAAUGACAAGUCGGAACAGUAAACAUGCAGAGAAAACUGGAGAAAUGUCCUCAAAGCAGUCAACACCAAAAGUGCAGGUCCAACGAUCUGUCUCCCGAGAAACCAUCACUAUUCAUUUCUCUGCAUUUGGGAAGGAGGAAGAAGAGGAGGAAGAGGAGUUUAAGGAAUUUGUUGAUGAGGAACUAGAUGACCAAAGCAUUGUAACAGCACUUGAAGCCAAGGAAGACCUCUGCUUUGAGCAUACCGGCCAUGAUUCUUCUGGUCCAGCUACCUCGCUUAACAUGGCCAACUCUGCAUCACUGCUGUCCUCAUCGCCUGCAGUUCUGCCAACUGCAGAGACUGUAAAGCUGUUGGACUCUCCUUCCACAUCCCAAGUGUUGAGUGCAGUGCCACUAGUCCUGUCUCCCUCGUCACACUCAUGUCAGACGGUUAGCGUAGCGGGUGCGGCGCCACCAGUGGAACAGAAAUCCAGCCUGUCGUCUUCCCCAUCCUCAUCCCCUUCCAGGUCAGUUGUCUGCUCCAGUGGAUCAUCCACAGUUUCUAGUUCAAAGCCUUUUAAGGGGUUGGUCAAGUCGCUUUCAACAGAUGUGGAGCCAAAAGACCCCACCCCACCGAUGAGACAUAGACAGUUAAUGAAAACCUUAGUGAAAUCUCUGUCUACAGACACUUCUAAACAAGAGUCUGAAGCUGUGUCUUACAGGCCACCUGACUCGAAACUGAACUUGCAUCUGUUUAAACAGUUCACUCAGCCUCGAGCUACAGGUGGCGAUUCUAAAACUGCCCCUUCCUCUCCCUUAACAUCUCCCUCUGACACUCGUUCCUUUUUUAAAGUCCCUGAAAUGGAGGCUAAAAUUGAGGAUACUAAAAGACGCCUUUCUGAAGUGAUCUACGAGCCUCUGCAGCUGCUCAGUAAAAUAAUGGGUGAUGAAAGUAGUAGCCACAGGCCCAAAGCCUUAUCUUCAAGUGCUUCAGAACUCUCAAACCUUUCCAGUUUGAAUGGCCAUUUGGAAAGCAAUAACAACUACAGCAUUAAAGAAGAAGAAUGUGAUUCGGAAGGGGAUUUCUAUGGAAGUGACUCUCAGCUGAACAGGAAGGAUCAGUCAAAAGUGGCUGAGGAACAUGCUAAAGAGAUGGAGACCAAAAGCUCUCAGUCUGCAAGCACAAAGGACCUGAGUUCAAAACCUUCACUCGUACUUGAAAAAUGUUCAUUGUCUGCACUAGCGAGCAGGGAGGACGAGGAGUUUUGUGAACUGUAUUCUGAAGACUUUUUCAUGCUAGAGGAUGAAAGCAAAGCUGAUAAACCUACUGAAACUUUGGUUGAUCCUGAGGUGACUGAGGAAACUGCUACUAUGCUCAGUAGUGAAGAUGAAAAUAAUCUGUAUGUGCAACAGCCUAAAAUACCAGUGAAAACUUUAUACUUCUUAACACUGUUAGUCUAUGCUUACUUUAUUAUCCCUCUCCCUGGCUACUUAAGUGGACUUUUACUUGGAAUGGCCCUUGGAUUUAUGGUAGCUGUCUGUGUGAUUUGGCUUCUUACUCCACGUACUCAUGAAUAUCUCAAAUUGCAUACAAGUAUGAAAAAACAAUGGAAUACAGGAGCUCUGGACAUCAAAGAACCUGAGAUACUGAAGGGGUGGAUGAAUGAGAUUUAUAAUUAUGAUCCAGAAACAUACCAUGCUACGUUGACUCACUCUGUGUACGUGCGACUCGAAGGAAGCACCUUACGACUUUCCAAGCCCAACAAAAAUAUCUCCAGGAGAGCUGUGUACAAUGAGCCAAAGCCUGAAGUCACAUACGUCAGCCAGAAAAUUUAUGAACUGACAGAGAGCAAGAUUUCCCUGGUUCCCAAGAGUCUGGCCCGAAAACGGAUCUGGAAUAAGAAAUACCCAAUCUGCAUUGAACUUGCUAAGCAAGAUGACUUCAUGGCUAAGGCCCAGGCUGAGAAAGAGAAUGCAGAGGAAAAGUUACCUGCUGAAAAAGGGGACUCAAACAACGAAGAGUCCAAGAAAGCUCAGGAUGGAGCCAAGUGCAGUAGCCAGAAGGAUCAGGUGCUGUAUCUCUUUGGAAGGACGGGCAGGGAGAAGGAGGAAUGGUUCCACAGGUUCCUCCUCGCGUCGAAGCUGAAGUCAGAAGGGAAGAAACCACCCAGUGCGUGUGGGGGCAAGCCAGGGCUCCUGCCAGCACACAGCAGAGCUGACACCCAGCCUGGAGCUCUCACACACAGCCGGAGCAGCAGCAAGGGAAGUGCAGAAGAAAUCACCUCCCAGCCCAAGCACAAGGACCUGGUUGGCAACACGCGACAGAAAAUGCUCCUGGAGUACAAUAUCUAUAUGGCAAAGUGUAUUCCACAAGAAAAGAAAAGCCCUUCGGGUAGUCCAGUCCUCAGUGCAGAUAGCAGCCCAACAGCUGUGAAAAAGUUGCCAGAUGCCCAUGUGGAAGCUGAAGAAGAGGAACAGGAGGCCUGGGUGAACGCUUUGCUUGGAAGAAUAUUUUGGGAUUUUUUAGGAGAAAAGUAUUGGUCUGAUCUAGUGUCAAAGAAGAUCCAAAUGAAACUCAGCAAAAUAAAGCUGCCCUACUUCAUGAACGAGCUAACUCUGACUGAGCUGGACAUGGGGAUAGCAGUGCCGAAGAUCCUUCAAGCCUUCAAACCCUCUGUUGACCAUAGAGGACUAUGGAUUGAUUUGGAAAUGUCCUACAAUGGAUCUUUUCUAAUGACACUGGAGACCAAGAUGAACUUGACCAAGCUUGGUAAAGAGCCACUUGGUGAAGCACUUAAAGUUGGUGAGAUCGGCAAGGAAGGUUUCAGGCCAAGGGCAUAUUGUCUUGCAGACAGCGAUGAGGAGUCCUCCAGCGCGGAUGAUGCUCCUGAGGUGGCAGGAGAGAAACAGGUGACUCCAGGAGCAGAAGGGUAUGUUGGAGGACAUCGGACAAGUAAGAUCAUGAGAAUUGUGGAUAAAAUUACCAAGUCAAAAUACUUUCAGAAAGCAACAGAGACUGAGUUUAUCAAGAAGAAAAUUGAAGAGGUCUCCAAUACUCCAUUGCUGCUAACAGUUGAAGUACAGGAGUGCAGAGGAACACUAGUGAUUAACAUUCCACCUCCACCCACUGACAGGAUAUGGUACGGCUUCCGACGGCCUCCACACCUGGAGCUGAAGGCACGGCCCAAACUCGGCGAGAGGGAAGUGACUCUGGUUCAUGUGACAGACUGGAUAGAGAAGAAACUAGAACAAGAGUUCCAGAAAAUCUUUGUCAUGCCAAACAUGGAUGAUGUGUAUAUCCCCCUGAUGCACUCGGCCAUGGAUCCUCGCUCCUCCUGCCCCGAGCCUGGCGCGGACACCUCCGAGCAGCCGUGACGUGUCACCACUCUGGCAGUUUACAGUAUUAGAAAAGUGAUUCUCAUGGGUUUAUAAACUGUGCUGUAGUUCUCAUCCUUAACUUGUGCCACUUUCCCCCCCUCCCAAGGACUUGCCUCUGCCCAUACCUUUGUGCUCACUUGCCUGGUUACUGUUCCCCUGUCCUUCAGCCACAUGAAGUCCCAUUCCAUUAAGCCAUUGGUUUAUUUUUGUACUGGCUGCCAUCAGGUUUGUGACUGGGAGGCUGAGAUGACCUGUUCUUUGGGGGAGGGAGGAGGAACUGUAAGAGAUCAAGGAACUUGUUCACGCACCUUUUGUUCAGCUUAUGUUUUCAUGCUCUGUUAAAUGUGUAUUAAAGCAUUGAAAAGUUGUUUGGCAGCAAAGGAACUGCCAAAUGGAAAAAAAAAUCCUAAAUAAGGAAUGAAUUUAUAAAACUGGAAGAAUAUUUUUUCUUUCUCAGGCAGUUGGAGGUGUAGAAUGAACUGUUUUAUGUUCUUUCACUUCUGCAGUCAAUAGCUUGUGUCAAGCAAUCGAAAUAUGAAUCGCUUUCAGGAUAAAAGAAUGUAAAUUGGAUGUAUAGGUGAUAUUGGGAUUCAAUGGGAUAUAUACAUAUUGUUUCAUACAGAACUUGUGCUUUUUUU